AUUUCCUACCGCGGACCAUCCAAAAUGCCGCCAAAAGGAAAGAAGAGCGGCUCCGGCAGGGAGAACAGGGGGGAUGAGGAACAGACAGACGAGAAACUGCAGGCCGUCGUGUUUGCAGACUCCUUCGAGACUCGGUUCAGUCCAUUCACCAUCGAACGUCCGAGAUGUCUUCUGCCCCUGGCCGGUACACCUUUGAUCGAGUACACACUCCGGUUCCUGGCUGCGACGGGGGUGCAGCAGGUCUAUGUGUACUGCGGCAAUCACACAGAUGCGGUGGAGGACUACCUCAAUCGCUCUCAAUGGAAGGCCUCCACGGCGCCAUUCUCUUUGGAAAUCAUCAAGUCUGCUUCGAGGUCCGUCGGCGACUGUAUGCGUGACAUGGACGCCAAGGGCCGUAUCACGGGUGACUUCAUCGCCGUUUAUGGCGACGUGGUGGCCAACAUUCCACUGCAAGACGCUCUCGCCGCGCAUCGAGCCCGCAGAGAGAAAGACAAAAAGGCGCUCAUGACGAUGGUACUUCGCGAGGCGGGUCAGGUGCACAGGACGAAGUCGCCUCAACAACGUCGCGUCUUCGUCCUUGAUCCUGACUCGCACCGCUGCGUACACUACGAGCAACUGCGACCGGGUGAGACCGCAGUGCUAGAUAUCCCGGGCGAUGUGCUCGAGGAUCACGUCGAAUUGGAAGUUCGUGAAGACUUGAUCGAUUGCGGCAUCGAUAUCUGUACACAGGAAGUGCUUGCUCAGUACACUGACAACUUUGACUGGCAACUCCCGAGGCGUGGCUUUCUUUACGGCACCCUGAAGGACUUUGAGACGUACCAAUACACGGUCCACACGCACGUUGUCACCAAAGGCUAUGCCGCCAGGAUCAUCAGUUUGCGGGCAUUUGAUGCCAUCAGCAUGGAUAUGAUGGGUCGGUGGACAUAUCCGCUGACACCGGACUUCAACAUUCUCCCUGGCCAGUCAUUCAAACAAUAUUCCCGCAACGUAUACCUCGAAGAUGGUAGCACUAUGGCGCGAACCACUCAGAUGGGUCAUCAAGUCAUACUGGGCGCAGACACCACUCUGGGAGAGCACGCUGCAGUCACAAACAGUGUGAUUGGAAGACGAUGUAUCAUAGGUGCACGAGCCAAGAUCGACGGAGCACACAUUUGGGACGGCGCGAGGAUUGGUGAUGAUGCGGUGAUAGAGAAAGCAAUCAUCGGCAAUGAUGCUGUCAUUGGCAACGGGUGCCACGUGGAAAAUGGUGCGCUGAUUGGGGACCGGGUACACAUCUCGGACGGCAUCAAAGUUUCUGGCAAGCACCGAAUCACUAGGUUGAAGCGGAAACGUGGCAGGAAUCACGAUGAAACCGUCGAGAUGCCAGCCGAUCCCCAAAUCGUUGGACCCGACGGCACUGGCUUUCACAUGGAGAUAGACGAGGAGGAAGAAGAGGUGCUCAACACCCUGGUUGCUGGCGUGCAGGAUCUGAGUCUGAUCGACGAUGACUCCAUCAGCAGCAUCGACGAAGACUCAGACGACGAUCUCGCAGCUCCGCACAUGAGAGGCGAUAGCGCACGAAGCGACAGUUUUGCUUCGGCUGCAUCCGAUGAAAGUGGUGAAACCAGACAGAAGGCCAAGGACUUCCACCAGGAGGCUGUCCACUCCAUGGUCGACGACAUGGCCAAGGGCAACUCGAUCGACGACAUGAAGACCGAAUUCAAAGCAUUGAUUCUGGGAGUGAAUGCCGAUGAUACACAGAUUCAGCGAGUCACGGCGACUGCCUUCUCCAAACGCCUCUCGCAGAUUGUGGAGGCGGGAAAGACACCGAAGGAGGCCGUGUCUGAGCUCAUACCAACUUACACCGAAAUCAUCACGGCGUACGUGUCAUCAAAGAAAGAACAGGCCGCAUGGUUGCUGUACCUUCAAAGCGAUCUGGUGCACCGCAAGCAGGGCUCCCGGAUCUUGCUGUACCUGUCGAACGCGCUCGCACAAGAUGACACUUUCGAGCCAGACGGCUUCGAAUUGUGGUGGAACGACGCCCGAAGUUCUGCGUCCGAGGAGAUGGUGGCUGUCCGCAAGGACACUGAGCCGCUUGUGGACGCGCUGUGUGCUAGUGAUGAAGAGGAGAGUGAAGAGGACAGCGACGAUGACGAUGACGAUGAUGAUGAUGAUGACUGAUCAUGUCAAGAGAUACCUUACCGUCAAGAGGUCAAUGAUGAUGAUGACUGAGCAGGUCAAGAGAUACCUCACCGUCAAGAGGUCAAGACAUCAAGAUGGUCACAAUGCCUGUAGGAGUAGUAGGUAGUAGGUGAGGUAGUAGUGCGUCCAGAUGCGUGACCGGAGGCAGCUGACACAUUCACAUCACUUGCGGUACGGCUAGACAGGGGUAUUGCCGUUCCAUUUGCC